UCCAGCAAGGGAGUGGGGUAGAGCCAGACGGGCAAGGGGCGGGGCUUCAGCGGAGGUGAGGAGCGGAUCCAGACAGACCCGAGAAGGACUGCCAGCAGAGGAGCGGGGCGUGCGUGCCGGUAGGCCGGCUGCGGCGUGACGUAGGGGGCGCGCGCGCCAGGCUCCGCCCCGUCUCGCUAGGCCCCGCCCCCCCGCUUCCAGCAGUUGCGGUCCGCAAGCCCGGCGCGCGCAGCGAUGGCGGAGGCGGUGGAGCGCACAGAUGAACUGGUCCGGGAGUACCUGCUCUUCCGCGGCUUCACACACACACUGCGGCAGCUGGACGCCGAGAUCAAGGCGGACAAGGAGAAGGGGUUCCGGGUGGACAAGAUUGUGGACCAGUUGCAACAGUUAAUGCAGGUGUAUGACUUGGCUGCCCUUCGGGAUUACUGGAGCUACCUGGAACGCCGGCUCUUCAGCCGCUUGGAGGAUAUAUAUAGACCCACUAUCAACAAGCUGAAAACCAGCCUGUUCCGCUUUUAUCUUGUCUACACAAUCCAGACAAACAGAAAUGACAAGGCUCAGGAGUUCUUUGCAAAGCAGGCCACGGAGCUCCAGAACCAGGCCGAGUGGAAGGAUUGGUUUGUCCUGCCCUUCUUACCAUCCCCAGACACCAACCCCACCUUUGCUACCUACUUUUCUCGACAGUGGGCUGACACCUUCAUUGUGUCCUUGCACAACUUCCUGAGUGUCCUGUUUCAGUGUAUGCCCGUUCCCGUGAUCCUGAACUUCGAUGCAGAGUGCCAGAGGACCAACCAGGUUCAGGAAGAAAAUGAAGUUCUGCGCCAGAAGCUUUUUGCAUUGCAAGCUGAGAUCCACCGGCUAAAGAAGGAAGAACAGCAGCUCGAAGAAGAAGAGACCUUGGCCCAACACAAGCUGCCUGCUUAUGUCUCCAGCAUGGACCGCCUUGGGGACUCUGAGCUAGCCAUGGUAUGCAGCCAGAGGACCACCUCGCUCUCCCAGUCGCCUCGAGUGGGCUUUCUGUCCUCACUGCUACCUCAGAGUAAGAAGAGCCCCUCAAGAUUAUUGCCUGCCCAGGGCCCCCCUCAGGCCCAGAGUUCAGCCAAGAAAGACACCUUCAGCAGUCAGGCUACCAAGGGCAAGGACCCGGCCCCCGGGGUCAAGGAUGGGAAGAGCCUCCUGGGUGGACCAGUCCCUGGAGAGGCCAGCUGGGCACAGCAACGACAGAGGCGUCUACAGGACCACGGCAAGGAGAGGAGAGAGCUGUUGUCCACUUCCUCCUCCCAGGUAUGUAUGGAGAAGAAGCCAGAAGGCGGUGGCCCAGAGGCUGAACCCUGCCCCGAGCUCCACAUGGAGCCGGUGGAGCCGCUGACCCGGGUGUCUGCAGUGGGCCCUGAGGGAGGAGGAGGCCGCCCUGAACAGCCCUUCAUUGUGCUGGGCCAGGAGGAGUAUGGGGAACACCACUCAUCCAUCAUGCACUGCAGAGUGGAUUGCUCCGGGAGAAGGGUUGCCAGUCUAGAUGUAGAUGGGGUCAUCAAAGUGUGGUCCUUCAACCCCAUCAUGCAGACCAAAGCAUCCUCCAUCUCCAAGUCACCGCUGCUCUCUCUAGAGUGGGCCACCAAGCGAGACAGACUGCUCCUGCUGGGCAGUGGUGUGGGGACAGUACGUCUUUAUGACACAGAAGCCAAGAAGAACCUCUGUGAAAUCAACAUCAACGACGAUAUGCCCAGAAUCCUGUCUCUUGCGUGCAGCCCCAAUGGGGCCUCUUUCGUCUGUUCGGCUGCAGCUCCGAGCCUCACCUCACAGGCGGACUCCUCAGCCCCAGAUAUUGGCAGCAAAGGCAUGAACCAGGUUCCGGGCAAGCUGCUGUUGUGGGACACCAAAACCAUGAAGCAGCAGCUCCAGUUCUCCCUGGACCCUGAGCCCAUUGCCAUCAACUGUACGGCCUUCAAUCACAAUGGGAACCUGCUGGUCACGGGGGCAGCUGAUGGUGUCAUCCGACUGUUUGACAUGCAGCAGCAUGAGUGUGCCAUGAGCUGGAGGGCGCACUGCGGGGAGGUCUACUCCGUGGAGUUCAGCUGUGACGAGAAUGCCGUGUACAGCAUCGGCGAGGACGGCAAGUUCAUCCAGUGGAACAUCCACAAAAGCGGCCUCAAGGUGUCUGAGUACGGCCUCCCCUCUGAUGCCACAGGCCCCUUUGUCCUGUCCGGCUACAGCGGCUACAAGCAGGUUCAAGUCCCUAGGGGCCGGCUCUUCGCUUUUGACUCAGAGGGCAAUUACAUGCUCACAUGCUCUGCCACUGGAGGUGUCAUCUACAAGCUGGGCAGGGAUGAGAAAGUUCUAGAGAACUGCUUGAGCCUGGGUGGCCACCGGGCCCCUGUGGUCACUGUGGACUGGAGCACUGCCAUGGACUGUGGAACAUGUCUUACCGCCUCCAUGGAUGGCAAGAUCAAGCUGACUACCCUCCUGGCCCAUAAGCUCUGAAGUCUGUGCCUCAGGUGACACCAUGGAAGCAGUAUUGUCCCGGGGUGGAGGAGAGACAACAGCAGAACAGCACAGUACCUCGAGCACCCACUGCCAGGGUUGAUGGAUCAUCAGGCAACAACUGUUGAGGGGCCUUAGCCCCAUCCUCCGGCAGCAACGGAGUGGGAGCCUGUGGAGCAGCCGGCGUGUGCUUCCUAGAGACUGAGAGUAUGGCUGGGGCAGAGCAUGCUCUCCACAGGAUGGAAGCUCAGGAAGGAGAUGGGGGUGGGGGCUGCGCUGGCCCAAGUACUGACAGUAUUUUAUACAUAAUGGCUUAUUUUAAUUUUUAAAGAAGCAAAAGAGAGAGAGAGAGAGAAUGGUCUUGCAGUCACCUGGUGUCUUUU